AUGUUUUCUUGUUUACAGAAGAAGAAACCUCCGGCACCCAUUACGCAUUUAACUGAGGCUCCCAAUGUCGACGAUCACAUCAAAAAGGAAAUACCCACCAGCUAUUUCCAGUCCAUUAUCCAUCUGUUCAAGGGUAAUAUUGGUCCUGGCCUCUUUGCCAUGGGUUUUGCCUUUAUGCAUGGUGGAUUGGUAUUGGCCCCCAUAUUGACCAUUCUCAUUGCCCUGAUUUCCAUACAUUGUCAGCAUAUGCUGAUCAACUCCUCGGUGAAAAUGAAGGAGUUGAAGAACACAGAAAAAUAUCCCGAUUUUGCUGAGACCAUCGAACAGUGUUUUGAGACCGGACCAAGGGCAACACAAAAAUUAGCUAAGACCAUGAAGACGUUGGUGAAUCUGUUCAUUUGUAUUACACAGCUGGGGUUCUGCUGCAUAUAUUUUGUAUUUAUCGGAACAAAUAUUAAGCAGAUACUAUUGGCCUAUGACAUCGAUCUGGAUGUCCACUAUGUCAUGCUGAUCACGUUCAUUCCGAUUUGGUUAAGUUCCAUGAUCACAAAUUUAAAGUACCUGACACCGGUGUCAUUCAUUGCGAAUAUUUGCAUGAUCUGCGGCCUUUCGAUAACCAUGUAUUACGGCCUGAAGGAUGGCCUGCCAGAUGUGGCGGAACGUAAACUUUUCACCAGUCCCAUGGAAUUGGCUUUGUAUUUUGGCACCGCCAUCUUUGCCUUCGAGGGUAUUGCCUUGGUGCUGCCACUGAAAAAUGCCAUGGCCAAUCCAAAUAAUUUUGAUCGUCCCAUGGGGGUACUGAAUGUGGGCAUGUUCUUUGUCACCCUAAUGUUCAUGGCAGCCGGUAUGGUUGGUUACAUCAAAUGGGGUGAUGAUGUGGCCGGCAGUUUAACUCUCAAUCUUGGAGACACCAUUGGUGCACAAAUUGUGAAAGCCAUGGUCUCAAUGGGUGUCCUAUUCGGAUAUCCUCUACAAUUCCACAUAGCCAUACAAAUUAUGUUACCAUCUGUGAUAGAAACAUUCAAAUGUUACAAUCAUACCUUGGCGGCAAAUUUAUCCUUUAGAACUGUAAUGGUAGUGGUGACAUUGGGCAUUGCUGAAUUGGUACCCAAUUUGGGUCUCUUCAUUUCCCUCAUCGGUUCCCUUUGCUCCACCGCCUUGGCUUUGGUCUUCCCUCCGAUUAUAGAAAUAAUUGUCAAGCGGGACAUUGUGAACUGCUGUUCCCGCUAUUGGAUGUAUUUGAAAAAUACCAUCAUUUUGAUAUUGGCCAUGGCCGGUUUUCUGGCCGGAACCUAUGAAAGUUUAUCGGAAAUCAUUAAAGAAUUUAGCCAUAAAGAAAUUGAAAUGCCCACCACACCAGCUGAGUGGACAUAAGCAGA